GUACAUACGCAGGCCGCAGAACCAGAAACCGGAGAGACGACAGAGACGCUUUGCUGCGUUGCUGCGGGAAACUGCUGCAAUUGUGCUGUCGAGGCGCCUCGGGCUGUAACGACGGUCCAGUUUCGUCGGCGAUGGAGUCCAAACAAGCAGCUGUUGUCUCUCCUAGUGAAAACGAGAAGAAUCUCUCGGAGAACCAGUGCUCUCAUUUCUCUGUUCUGUGCCGUUUGUUGGGGCCUGACUGGAUCUGAGGACCGGGGAUCCGUCUGCGCCACCGCGCACGAUAUUGAAGAAGGCAGAGGUCCGUCCAGUGAAUAUACAGUUGGGGGAAAAUCAGUGGUUGUCUUGUUUCUAUUCCCUUUGCAGCAUCAUGGGCCGUCCCCAGAAAAGGAUAGGGCGGCGAGAAAAAAAUUACGAGAAAAAAAGACAGGUGCUGAAAAAAAAAACAAUUGGCCGCCCUAGAAAAAAAACAAGAUCAAAGAAAACGAUAGAGUCCCUAUCCAUGGAUGCUCUAACAGAGAGCAUUCAAUGUUGUAAUUUGGGAGAAACAUCAACAAAUGUUGAGGACUCAAACCCAACAGCUACACCAGAGACAAGUGAAGUUUCUCUGGCUGAGACCAGUGAUCAGUGACUGCAUAUUAUUCAAUAAUUUGGAGAGACUUCCCUGGCUCUUUGACGGGCAAGGAGACAUCCAAUUUGAUGCAUUCUUCGUCCACCUAUGGCCAUUCUGAGAUUCCUCACACUCACUGAUGCAGCUUGCCUUGUUAGAGUGGUGCAAACGACAGGAUAGACGGCACAGCCCAUCAAAUUACGGUGCUUUAGGUGCACCUGGGGCCUCCAAGUGAAAAAAGAGAGCUGCCCUGUGGUGAGUGGGAGAAGCCACACCUACAGACAAAUUCUGUUUGGCUGUCGUUUUUGGUUGAAAAAUUGUGCUCAACAUCCACCGUACUAGACCCUCCAGCCGGACGAUCCUGGAGGGCACAACUUCGAGCUCUGAGGAAAAAGAACAUAUACAAUUUUAAUUCUGCACACGACGUAUUUAUUGAUUUAGUUAGGUAGAAAAUAAUAAUGACAACUUUGACCACCCA